CUUCCCCGCUGAGCAAUCGACUUGCGUUGCGUUGCGUUGCUUGCUCUCCUCCGCCUGCCGCCGGUGGGGUCCUCCUCCUCCUCCUCCAUCUCCCAUCCACCCUGUCGAUCUGUCUCCCCAACCAAGCCACCCCUCCCUCCUCCCCGUCCCCAGAUCCACCCCUCCCCCUUCUCGAACCUUCUGGAGGCGGCGGCCGACCUGUAGCAGUAGGAGCAUCAGCGGCGGGGCGGGCGAUGGAGACCCUGGCGCAGCGCGCGGCGCUGCUGCGGGAGUCGCUGCAGAAGAGCCAGUCGGUCACCGACGCCGUCGUCUCCAUCCUUGGCUCCUUCGACAGCCGCCUCUCCGCGCUCGACGCCGCCAUGCGCCCAAUCCAGGUCAGGACGCACGCCGUGCGGACGGCCCACGAGAACAUCGACCGGACGCUGCGCUCCGCUGAUGUCAUCCUCACACAGUUCGAUCGGACUCGAGAGGCAGAGCGUGAAAUACAGAAGGGGCCACAUGAAAAUCUUCAAGGUUUUCUAGACGCAGUCGAUCGGUUGAGAAGUAUCGAGCGUUUCUUUAGCUCGAAUAGGAGCUACCGAAGCAGUGAUGGUGUGCUCAACCAUGUGAAUUCCCUCCUUUCUAAGGCUCUUGUGAAGAUGGAGGAUGAAUUCCAGAAGCAAUUGACUCAGCGCAGCAAACCUAUCGAGCCUGAUCGUCUUUUUGAUUGCCUUCCAAGUACUCUUCGACCAUCAUCUGAAUCUCAUCCUGAAGGUGGAAAAAACCCAUCACAUUCCGAAAAUCAGCAGAACUCGGAGGCUGCUGUAUACAGUCCUCCCGCUCUUAUUGAGCCAAGGUUCAUUCCUUUUCUGGCUAAAUUAGCACAACAGUUGGUACAAGCUGGAUGCCAACAGCAAUGCUCAGAAAUAUACAGUGAAGCCCGUGCUUCUGCUUUAGAGUCAAGCCUGAAGAGCUUGGGUGUUGAAAAACUCAGCAAAGAUGAAGUGCAGAAAAUGCCUUGGGAAAUUUUGGAGUCUAAAAUAGGGAACUGGAUUCACUUCAUGAGAAUUGCGGUUAAACUUCUUUUUGCCGCGGAACGUCAGCUUUGUGACCAAGUUUUUGAUUGCAGUCAAUCUUUGAGGGAUAAAUGCUUUUCUCAAAUAACUAAGAAUAGUUUGGCUACAUUACUCAGCUUUGGAGAGGCAAUUGCUAUGAGUAAAAGAUCACCAGAGAAGCUUUUUGUGCUUCUAGACAUGUAUGAAAUAAUGUGUGAACUUCAAGCAGAUAUUGACACCAUCUUUGUUGGAGAAUCAUGCUCUCAAAUGCGUGAGUCUGCAUUGAGUUUGACAAAAUGCUUAGCACAAACUGCGCAGAAGACUUUCAGUGAUUUUGAAGAAGCUGUCGAAAAGGAUGCAACAAAAAAUAUUCAUAUCGAUGGGACAGUGCAUCCUUUGACAAGCUAUGUGAUUAACUAUGUUAAAUUUUUAUUUGACUAUCAGUCAACUCUAAAACAGCUCUUCCAGGAGUUUAAAAGGGAAGAUGGAACAGGUUCAGAGCUGGCCACUGUAACCAUGAGUAUCAUGCAGGCUUUACAGAAUAAUCUGGAUGCAAAAGCAAAACAAUACAAGGAUCCUGCUUUGAUGCACAUAUUUUUGAUGAAUAACAUUCAUUAUAUUGUAAAAUCUGUCCGCAGAUCAGAAGCCAAAGAUUUAUUGGGGGAUGACUGGAUUCAAAGGCAUCGAAGAAUUGUACAGCAAAAUGCAAAUCAAUAUAGAAGGAUUGCUUGGUCAAAGGUCUUGCAAUGCCUCUCUGGUCAAGGUUUGACUUCAUCAGGAGGUAGUGGUCAAGUAGGAAGCGAGGGAGGCAAUAGCAGUGGAGCUUCAAGAGCCGCAGUCAAGGAGAGAUUCAGGUCUUUCAACGUGCUAUUUGAGGAGAUUUACCAAAAACAGUGUGGCUGGUCUGUUCCAGAUACAGAGCUGCGUGAGUCACUAAGACUUGCAGUUGCCGAAAUUCUGUUGCCUGCAUACAGAUCUUUCCUAAAGCGUUUUGGGCCUCUCAUUGAGAACAGUAAAGCACCUGGAAAAUACGUCAAGCACACUCCUGAGCAAGUCGAGGUACUGCUUGGCAAUUUGUUUGAAGGAAAACAAGAGCGUACUUGAUGUUGGAUAUGUGGCUGCUUAAUAUACACCAGUGAAGAUGUGAUUCAAUUUUCUGUAAAUUGGAGCCCUAUUAGCAUCUUUUGUUUACGUAGUCCUGCUACGCAGAAAAAGAACCGCUGCUAUGUGCACCUUUCCGUGAUUUGGUGCAUGAUUUGUAUAGAUACUGCCCUAGUUGCCAAUUAUGAUUUUUUGUUGAUUUGGUAGGAGCUAGGCUCGGUCUGAUAUGUUGGAAACACUCUUGUUAUUAGUGCAUUCAUUAUCGAGUAUCAGCAUUCAGCAGUGUGCCAGUGUGCAA